AUGGACGAUAUUUUUAGUGUUAAUUCUUCAGACUCUGCAUCGGUUCUCGAGAUUUACAUCGAAGAUGUGAACAAUGCUUGGAAGGUUAUUCAGUCUUGGUUAGAGACAUCCACGGAGUGGACAAUUAAAGCUGGACAGAAUCCUAUUGAUGGGUGUGUGAGGAGUCACUGGUCAGAUAUAUACGGCUGUGUAACCCUUUUACAAGCACGACUUGAUCUGGGACCCACUGAACUUUUUGAAGAUCUUGCUUUUAAUAUUGAUGAACAAUUGAAAUGGAAUACAUUAGUUUCGGAAUUCCAGAUUCUUGAAAAACUGUCAGAUGAAAUGGAUAUCCUCUAUUACAUGGUACCUGGUGUGAUACCCAAAUUGAUUAAAGACCGAGACUUCAUUAUUGUACGACGGUGCACUAAGCAGGGAGGAAUGUACUUUCAAGCAUCUUGUGGCGCCAAGCACAGCAGUAAACCUCAACAGAAGAAAAUAAUACGUUUUUACAUUUUCACUAUUCACUCUUAA